CCAAUCAUGCGCUCCCACUGUCUUCUCCCGAACCUGCUGUCUUACAUUCUGGAAAAUAAAAGGGAAUAAAAUUGAACGGGAUUGUGCAAACGCCACUAGAGAAAGCGGGAGCUUCGGGUGGCGAGGCUGACCAUGCUAAGCCUUGACACCUGAGGAGUGGAUGGAGGAGCAGAGUGGAGGUGGCUGGAACAAUCGCCAUGUCAUCAUGUAUUUCAAGUGUCCCUGCUGCUAAGACAAUUUGCAGGAAUGACUUGCUGUCUAGCCAGAGUAGUGCCCAGCAGCAUUCAAAUCUUGUCUGCAAUGUUUCUCUACUAAACCUCGACAGGAGGAUGGAGUCCUUGAUUGUAGUCACAGAGUACGAGUCAAGCUCUGCAGCUGGGGACCAUGGUGACAAUGGAGAGUCGCCCAUGAGUGAUUUAGACAAUUGCAGCUCCAGUGAGGCUCUUCCCAAACACUUUCUGCUUGAUGAAGCUUUAAACCAUAAUCAAAGGCUCCCAGGGACCCGUGAGUCUCGAGCUCGUCUCAACCUUUCUGACAGGAAGCUAUCUUUGCAGGAGCGCUCUCAGACUCCCCAGUCUCCAGGUUUCCAUACAGGGGUUAACGGACGCUACAUCUAUCCCUCGCUUCCCUAUUCUCCGGUGACCUCGCCCCACUCCUCUCCCAGAUUACCCAGGAGACCUACUGUGGAGUCUCACAGAGUGUCCAUCACUGAUCUCCAGGACUGUGUACAGCUUAAUCAAUAUAAGCUAAAAGAUGAAAUUGGAAAGGGCUCCUAUGGAGUUGUCAAGCUGGCAUACAAUGAAGAUGACAACACCUACUAUGCAAUGAAAGUGCUUUCUAAAAAGAAGCUUAUGCGUCAGGCAGGCUUCCCUCGACGGCCCCCACCUCGUGGUACCAGAACCAGCCCUGAAAGCACAAGUAAUCCCAAGGGUCCUCUAGAGCGGGUCUACCAGGAGAUUGCCAUUCUCAAGAAGCUGCAUCACCCCAAUGUGGUGAAACUGGUAGAGGUGCUUGAUGACCCCAGCGAAGACCAUCUGUACAUGGUAUUUGAGCUGGUAAAGAAAGGAGCCGUUCUGGAAGUUCCCACAGAUAAGCCCCUGACGGAAGAUCAAGCAAGAUUCUACUUUCGGGAUUUGUUGAAAGGAAUUGAAUUUUUGCACUACCAGAAGAUUGUUCACCGUGACAUUAAACCAUCCAAUCUACUAGUUGGAGAAGAUGGACAUAUCAAAAUUGCAGACUUUGGUGUCAGUAACCAGUUUGAGGGAACAGAUGCUCUGCUCACUAGCACAGUUGGGACUCCGGCAUUUCUUGCACCAGAGACACUUUUGGAAACAAGGAAGAAUUUUUCUGGCAAGGCUUUGGACAUGUGGGCCAUGGGAGUUACACUGUUCUGCUUUGUGUUUGGACAGUGUCCUUUUAUGGAUGAGAAAAUCCUGAGCCUUCAUCAGAAAAUUAAGAGUCAACCUGUUGAAUUCCCUGAAUUUCCAGACAUAUCAGAAGAAUUAAAAGACCUUUUAUUGAAAAUGUUGGACAAGAAUCCAGAAACCAGAAUUACAGUGCCACAAAUUAAGGUGCAUCCGUGGGUGACUAAGCAUGGCACGGACAUCUUACCUUCUGAGGAUGAGAACUGCAUUCUGAUUGAAGUGACAGAAGAGGAGGUGGAGAAUUCAGUGAAGCACAUCCCCAGCCUAGCCACAGUGAUUUUAGUGAAAACUAUGUUGCGGAAGCGAUCCUUUGGAAAUCCUUUUGAUGGGAGCAGGAAAGAAGAUCACAGUCUGUCACUGCCGGGUAAUCUGCUUGUGAAGCAAGGCAGUGGUGAUAGCAUUAAGAGUGUGGAUCUACCUGAUGUCCAGGAAGAUGUCAUUCUUUCCUGAGUGCUGACUUUAACCAGUAGGCUCUUCGCUUUGUGCAUCUUCUCUUGUUUUUUAAAUUUUUGGAGAUGGCACUUCAGUGUGGCUUGCAAGAUAGUCCUAUAUCGACUUGCAUCUCCAUGCAGAGUAUAUGUGCUGUUUGGAGUAUAGGCCAAUGCAUCUAGCAUGGAUCAAGUUUUAUGGUUUGCAUGUUUUAAGAAAACCCUCCAUUACUCAAUGGAUAGGCUAGUUAUGCUUGCUGCAUAUCCAUGGAUCUUCUCCAUUUCUUACUUGGAAAGACAAUGGGACUCCACAGGCUCCUGAAUGAGGCAAUAUAAUGCACUUUACAGAUAUCAGGGCUGAUGCUACACUCUCUCUCAAAUCAGAACAAUAAGAACCUCAUGGACUUGCAUCAGAUGUUCUAUUAAAAAAGUGCAAUGCUCAGCAGCCUAAUUGGCUGAAAUAUGCAUAAAAUAUUAAGGCAGAUUUCUUCUGGUAAAUGUCUGUAGUGUCUUAUAUACUUUACACAUUAUCAAAAAAAAAUAAUGGCUUAAUCAUCCAUACUGGCAAUAUACAGUAUGAGUAACCUCCUGUGUAGCAUGAUGGCGUUGGAACUGCCAGUUUUGGAGCAUUUCUGUUUCCGCCUAAAGUAGAAAAAUUCAAAUAUAUAAAGAUGGAAAAAAUGAAUCUAUAGAAUUAUUUUAUUUGAUCAAGGUCUCUUGCCCCUAAUUGCAAUUUUCCCUUCUUUAACAUUCAAAAAUAGUAUUGCAUUUUAAGGAAGAACGCCACCAUAAAUUUCAAAUAGUUUAUAUCAAGGACUUUGUCAUAUGU